CUCCUGGGGGGGGGGGGGCCCUUUAACUCCGAGAUGAUAAAUAAAUAAACAAACACAAGCACUGCCCAGAAACGCAUUGCGAGGCGCCCCAUUAACAACAGCAUUACUACCAUCAGCACACGGAGAACUACAGCAACACACUGUGAACUACAGCAACACACUGUGAACUACAGCAGCACACUGUGAACUACAGCAGCACACGGAGAGCGCCCAAAGAGCGGAGUCACAGCGCGCACGCACCAAGCAAAGCGAAGCAUCCCAUUACGAUCGUCGUCACACCCCGCGACAGCACAAAACGUCGUUUCAGAAUGUCCGUCGCGGCCGAGGCGGGGCCAGGAGAGAGACGAAGAAUAGAGGAAAGAGGAGCCGACGGCGGCGAGGAUGAGAGAGGAGACGAGGAGAAGGAGGAGGCCGAGGCCUUGUCGCCCACGGAGCGCAGGCUGCGCGCCGCGCUGAGUCCGUACGAGGCGGCGCUGCGGGCGGCCCAGGGUGUGCUCGUGUGGGAGCGGCCCGGCCGCAGCGCGGCCCUGGGGCUGGCGCUCAACGGCCUCUUCUGGUUACUAUCAACCACACCUCUGAGGCUCUACCUCUUGCUGGCCAUCUCUCUCUUGGCGUUGGUCUUGCUGCAAAUGUGGAUACAUUUUAAGCACCCAGGAUUCAAAGAUCAGUGGACGGAUACCAGUGACACUGAAGGCUGGGCGGGGGCACAGCCCAAGCUGCUGAGCCUCCCGGAGCUGUGCCGCAGCCUGGCCGAGUGCUGGGAGAGCCUCACAGCCUAUUGCGUCGACCUUGCGCUCUACCGAGCCCAGCACCCCGACCGGUUCUGUGCCCGCGUGUGUGUCUGCUGCCUGGGAUUUGCCAUCGUGGGCCACUACAUCCCGGGCAUCAUGAUUGCGUACAUCAUCGUGGCGAGCGUGCUGCUGUGGCCGCUGGUGGUCUACCACGAGCUCAUACAGAAGAUGUACAACCGGAUCGAGCCUGUGCUUAUGAAGCUGGACUACAGCAUGCGUGGGGGCAUGCUGGGCCGCGGCCACGAGCAGCAUCGUGUGCGGAAGGAAAAGACCGAAGGGAAUGAGCCCACAGCCGAGACAGACAGUGACAGCGAGGGAGAGCUGUCUAAUUACUGCACAAAGGUGGACGUGAAGCGCACGGCACUGGCGCUCUCCAUCACAGACUCGGAGCUCUCCGAUGAGGAGGCCUCCAUCCUGGAGAGCGAGGGCUUCACGCUGUCUCGGGGCAGCACCCCUCCACCGCCCGCCGAUCACUCCCAAGAAGAUUUCGAUCUACAGAACAACUCGGAGGACUCGCCCCACUGCCGGGCAAAGGGGCAGCAGAGCGGCUAUGGUGCUCACGGUGCUCACAGCGCUCACGGUGGUCAUGGUGCUCCUGGGACUCCUGGUGGUCGUGCUGCCAGCACAGCCAAGGCGUUGGCUGCAGGGCGCCACGGGGAACUGCCGCCCGCACCCGCCCUCCGCUUCGACGACGCCCACUUCAACGAGCAUGGCUCUGGCGGCACCGCCGCCAGCGCCGCCCCUCCUCCGCCGCGGCGGCCACCUGUGGCCAUCCAGGAGCUGGGCGAGGCCAUGGCCAAGGAGAUCCUGCGGUUCGCGGAGCCCCGGGGUACGCAGGCCCAGUCUCCCGAUGUAAAGGAACCCAGCUGGGAAAUCGCAGGAAGCGGGAGCGGCAUCACAGCAAUGUGCUGUGCUGCUGCCGCCGCAAGAAGUAGUGCUGGAGUCGGAAUCGGCGGAGAAGCAAGCAUCAGCGCAUGGCACGCUGAAGAAGUAAGCGGCGCCAAAUCCCCCGGCGAUGUGGUGCCGGAGAUCCUGACCGCGAUGAGAGGUGAUGACCACCCUGCGGUGGCAGCCAGAGCCGGAGAGGAAACCGGAGCCGGUACCGGAGGCAACUCUGCGGCCAUGGGUGGUGGUGCCGAAUCUACGGGCCACGCGGCGUUGCCGGAAAGGAGCCCUGGACGAGAGGGGGGUGAGGCCGCGUCCGGAGUCCCUGGCGGUACCGCCGGGUUGGGAGGCCGAGCCAAUGUGGGAGCCUCCAGGGGUGGCAGUGACGAGGCAGACAUCACGGCAACGGCGGACACCACAGUGGCACCGCUGUCCACUCUGGCAGAUGCCGAGGGGGACGACUUUGAGGUGGUGGACGAGUCAGAGGUGGAGCGGCUGGGAGCCGAGAUGCGGUCGUCGGGAAUCGGCGUGGAGGAAUCCGGAAGCACCGGCUUCUUCUCCGGCUUCCUGGGGUGACGUCCGGCACUGCUCUGGCCAUCCCGCCGCUGCCUUCCCCCCACCCUCCCUGCCCCUCUCUGCCCCCACCCACCCCCCCGCCUCCUGCUCCCCCCGCACACUGUGUGCAUUUACUUCUCUCGUGAAUGUCUCUGCUCAUGAUUCCCUCUUUCUCUCUCAUUCCUCUUUUUUUCAUACCAUGUUUGGUCACAAGUAGCAGGCGAAUUUAAACAACACAUAUAUUUGUGCACCUUUGCUGAAGCAGAACUUCGGCAACUAAUUUUGCGAGUGACCCUCUCAGCGAAGUAAAAUCGCUUCAAAAUUCCUUCCCUGCCAAAGCUUUCCACACAGUUGUCACUUUGGUUUUUAUAGUGUUUAAUUUGUUUUCUCUCUCACACAGGCAGUACAUCUCCAGCGUUGUAUCCACUAAAUAUGGGAACCCACUGAUGUUGAGAGGCCCACGCCGACGCAAGUGACACAUUGAAAAGUAACAGCGGCACUAUGUUAACGUCAAUUGCAAUUCAUAUUGUUGCGUAUCGAGCGUCUGUGGAGAGCCGAGCGUGCAAUUUGUCAUGCCGGAGGUCCGCAGGAGUUGUUGCUAAACACCCGUGUUUUACUUCUGCGUAUAUUUGGAGUUUGUGUGUCUCUCCUGCCGUGGUCGCGUGGAUUUUUUUCUGGGUCUUCUGGUUUUUCCUCCACAAUAAUGAACAUUAUGAGUAUUUGGCUGCUGUAAAUGUCCACGUGAUAAGCCACUUCAUUGAACUAUCAUUUGUGAUAGCCAGGUCGCUUCUGAAAAAGAGCUACAUAGAUCAGUAGGCCUUACCUGGUAAAUAAAAAGUUUAGUUUUAAACUUAGGGAAAAAACAUAUGUAAAGAAAUUAGACAAAGCUUUUGUGAGUGCUCUAUAUAAAUCAGACACCGUGUUUCAUCUCAUUGAGCUGUUUAGAAAUUUUUUAUGAUAAAAAACAUGUAUUUUUCGUCACUGCUUAACUACGAAAUGCAUUCCUGGUGGCUCCUAGGAAACACUUUUAACUUGGUGAGCGUUAUGUUGUACUUACAUAAAAAUGAUAUUUUUUACAUUAAUAUUUUCAAGCCAGGAUAUAACUUAAUAUCACGUCUCAUCCCACCCUGAUAAGCAUUCAGCACUGAGCUAGUUUGCUUCAAGGGAAAGAUUUUAACACCUGCACGUAUAAAAAUAUACUUGUGUGUAUAAUAAUAGUAUCGUCACACAAAUCUAAUAGCGUAAGGCUAUCACAAAGUUUAACACGUGUAGUCUGCGGUCGUUUCACCGUUAACGGCGAUGUUGCUGCUGCGUGUGAUCCCAAUUAAGAUAUUUGAGGUCUAAUUUUCUAAAUGUGGCAGAUUUGGACCGUGGCACCGCUGGCACACGACUGCCUACUGCUCUUUUCGAUUGACGUCAACAGGAACUUUAACACGUAGGCUUUCGCGACCAAUAUUAUCCAUAAAAGAGGAAUAAUAUUGGUCGCGAAAGCUCUGGCUGUCGCCUGAUGAGGCUGGUUGUAAUUACCAGUGA